CUCCUCUGAAAGACAGAGGCAAUCUUUACAAGGAAAGGAAGUCAGAGUCUUAAGGGUUCUUUUCCAGGAAGGAGAAAGUGCCGAGACGCUCCCUUAAAGACCCAGCGGGAUGGCCAAGGCUAUACUCAAGGGUCCCCUGGUCCUCUGGCACUGCAGCUUUGCCAGCAGAGAGAGAAAACUCCCUGAGCUGCUCAAGGAGAACAAGUACUACCCGUUCCAAGUGCAGCAGCCCAAAGUGUUUGUGAUUGAGUAUUACAAGGACAUGAUCUGGAAAGGAAUGGUGAUUUUCCUGCUUUGUUUGGUGAUCAGCAUACUUCACUUCAAAUCACCACAGGGCACCCAAGACUUCACAGCUUUCUUUGUCUUUGGCAUGUUGACCGGACUCUGGAUGGUCAUCAGCAAUAUCCACAAGCGCAGGCUGAUCAUCAACCACGUCAAGUCCGUCUACCAGUUCUACAUCAAAGGGAUACUCUGGCAGGAGGGACCGCUGCACCAGAUCUACGUGCGACUCACAGCCCAAACCGAUGCCUACGGAAAACGCUACUACAGCCUGAUUAUCAACGGAUACCGCUUGGAGGUGCUCACUCUGGCUGCACUAUCGGACCAGUUUGAGCUUCUCGAUUCCGUGGGGCGCCGCAUCGCUCGCAACCUCAACCUCAACUUCUUUGACUAUGAGGAUGUCUCCACGCGCCACGUCAUCAGACACCUUCCGCCGGAGAGGGACGAGGACGACGACGACGACUACGGGGACAACAUGAGUGUGUGA